CUUGUUGGCCGCUCCUUGAAAAACCUACACGCCGUGCGUCACGUAGCUGCGCGCCUGUCUGAACCUUGUAUUUGUCAGCCUAGAUGUGAGGGCGCCGUCCGCCCUUCUUCGAUCGGAAACUCGCACUGACGUAAAGAAGCCAGAGCAGGCAGAUCCUCGAGUUAAUUAAGAGCUUUAAAACCGGAAUUUUACACAAAGUCCACACCUUUUUUCCGGUUUUGCUUCUUGUCUCCUGGAAACAUCCUCGUUUGGUGACUGGAGCACUAACAGAAAAACACAGGUAACGAGAAGAGGGGCACACGAGAGGAAAAGAGGCAGUUUUUAACCUGGAGUUUGGCAUGGCUGAUCUGCUGAGGCUGCUGCUCAAGGUGGCUGAAAAGGCUGCUAACGUGGCUCGGGUCUGCAGGCAGGAGGCUCCCCUCUUCCAGCUCCUUGUGCAAGAAAAGACCGGAGAUGACAAGAACAAGAAGUUCGUCCAAGACUUCAAGACGCUCGCCGAUGUGGUGAUUCAGGAGAUGAUCCGGCAUGAUGUUGGCGCUCAGUUCCCUGACAUGGCUGACUUUAUUCAUGGCGAGGAGUCUAACAAGUUUGAAAACGGGCUUGGAGAGAGUGUGAUAGUCACGGUUUGCAGCACAGAAGAGGAGACGGCGGCGUUGCUGGCCACCGUGCUUGACGGUGACCACACAGCAGCUUCUCUGCUGGCUAAAGCCAUCCACCAAGACCCGGCGACCGUCGAGGCAAACACCGAUGGCCUGACUGUUUCCCUCAGCCCGUCUGAGCUCGGCAUCUGGAUCGAUCCCAUAGAUGCUACCAGCCAGUACAUACAGGGCCGAGAGGAGGAGCUGGAGGAGGGCCGCUUGUCUCCAUCAGGUCUGCACUGUGCAUUGGUUCUCAUCGGCGUUUACCUCCGGAGCACAGGCGAGCCCAUCAUGGGCGUCAUCAAUCAGCCGUUUCACCACAAAGAUCCAGCAGGCGGGGGGUGGAAGGGAAGGCAUUUCUGGGGCGUGUCCUGGGGCGGCAUCAACGUCUGCUCUGUGUCCCAGCCGAAAGAUGGAGAGGAUCGAGGGCUGUCUGUGGUGCUGAGUUCCAGUGAGAAGCAGGUGGUAAAAGAUGCACUAGCCUUGCUCUGCAGCUCUGACAAGCUGAUGUACGCCUCUGGAGCCGGCUACAAGAUCCUGUGUGUCAUUGAGGGCCUGGCUGAUGUUUACAUCCUCUCAGAGGGAAGCACCUUUAAGUGGGACUCCUGCGCUCCUCACGCCCUGCUCCGAGCACUCGGUGGGGGGGUGGUGGACUUGACUAAGCGUCUACAGAUGACCAGUGAAGGACAGGAUCACACAGCAGAACUGACCUAUCAUGAGCCUGACACUGAGUGCAAAGGAGCUGACCGCUGGGCUAACCGUGGCGGCCUGGUGGCUUAUCGAGACUGUUCUAAGCUCAACACCGUCAUCGCAGCUCUGAAGGGCAAGCUGUAGAUGACAGAAGAGCAGAUGUAGCCGGCACGCUCUGAAGCAUUUAUACAUAUGAUCAUGUUUUCGAUAUUAGGCAAGGAAAAUUAUGGGUGUAGAAGUGGAAAUAUUAUAUUCAUAAAUGAUACAGUCUUCUUCUUAACCAGCUGUUUAUGCAGUCGUGUGUGUGUGUGUGUGUGUAUAUAUCGCAAAGUGACAAUCGGAUCUGAGGCAAAUUAUAUUUGCAAAUGUUUAAAUUUAAGUCAAAGAUGGAGCUGAGACAGAUUCCAACUUUUCUAAAGGAAAAUAAAGUUUGGAUUAAAAGCUCCAAACAUUUAGUUUUCAGGCAUCUUUAUGAUGUCAUCCAAAGGUUUUUAAUCUGGUGCUUGAGAAUAAAGAAGCUCCACCUGCCUGCUGUUCAAACCUUCUAUUUGUGGGGACCAGCCAAUCAGGAUAAAGUUGGCUUAAAGAGAGAGGAGCUAAUUCGGCUUGUUUGACAGUGAAUGCAACAUAAACAAGGUUUAUUUCAGACUGUUAACUGUGAACUGGAAAUAAACACAGGGGUGAAAGAAGAAAGACGGACACGAUCCUUGCAGGACAAUCGGCACUUAGGUUAUGAAAAAGGAGAAAGCAAAACAAAUGUGAUGUUUAUGAAUCAAUCAGGCAAAUGGGGAAAAAAAUAACAUGCUGGCGUUUCUCUUAAGGUAGUUGACAAUUUAUCAAAAGAUCCAUGUAGGUAGGUAUUUUAUGUCAAAAGCACAAAGGUAAUACCAUUAUCAGUUAAUGAAAUGCACUGAAUUUAUAUAUUCUAGAAUGGGCUGCCCGUUAUUAUCAUUUUUUUUCAUUUGUUUUUUGGAUGGGGCAUGAGGAGAAAAAUAAUCUUUAAAAGAAUAGCCCCCCUCAGGUUCAUUGAGUGCAAUAGACGGCAGAUGAUGAGCAACAAGUCAUCAGUUUUGAUGCAUCAGUCCGGCCUGUCUGCUUCCUCAUUGCUGAUGAAACAAACUAAAUAUUUGUAAAUGUGAUUUAGCUCAGACAUGCAUUGAUUAAGUGUUGCAUUUAGAGUGUUUAAUAUAGUUGCGAAGAGCUUGAGUGCUCACUGCUGGGCAGCUGAGGAACACUCCAGGAAAGGUAACGGGGGCAUCGCAGGGUCGCUUCUGAAUACAAGAUUUUUCUUUGCUUUAAUGAGGCAAGCGGGAUCUACUUUUUUUUCUUUCAUCGUUAUUUCAUAUCUAACGGGCUAUAAAUGACUGAAUCAGACUACAGUUGAAUGGCGUGCAGUUAUCUGCACCUCUCUGAAAUGAUUCCUUGUAAGGACCCUCUUUUUCGUAGCCAUAACAAGGGUAAAGGUCAGAGAGUGGGAAAGCCAUAUAAGGUAAAACCCACAGAGAUUCCUUCUCGGUGUGGGUUUACAGUAAAAUUAAAUAUUAAGCCAGUCUGAAAGACGGAAUCUGUGCCGGCUUGCAGGCAGCAGAUUCUUAUCAAUAUGUCUGCCACACACAGCCGUGUAACCUCACUUUGUUUAUGUUUAAAAUGAUAUAACGGUGAUAUGCAUUGUAACUGAGGUGUAAUUAAAGUUUAAUAAGCAGGAAACAGAACAGACAUUGUGCAUAUAGGAAAUCCUCUUUAUUUUGGAAACCAGAGAAAGCGGCAGGGGGAGUGGGGGGGAAGAAACCCAAAAGUGAUAUUUUAAAACCAGCCAGGGAACUCGCCUCCUUAGUCCCUACAAAAAACCCUGAUGAUUGUCUGAUAUUUUUUGCAAUAAUUCUGCAUAUUCUGUUAAAAAACUUUAAGGAAAAAAAUAAUUAAAAAAGGUCAUUGUGUUGGCUCCUUCUUUAACUUGUUGGACUUUGAACUGCUACCUUUAACACACGUCACAGCACGUUCUCAAAUCAAGCAUGAAGCAUGAAGUCACAGCUGUGGGUCCAGUUUCCUGAACAGGAACUGAAGCAAAUCUUUGACAGUGUUUAUGUAAUGUCAAAGUAUGGAUUACAAAUAAGCGGGAAAACGAGUAUGCAAUAAGAAUUUAACCCUGCCCAGUUUAAAACCCCUAAUUAAGAUGGAAUCUGCUUUUAUUUUCUCAUUUUAACCAGGACUAGAUUUAUACUUUGAACUCCAAGAAAAAGGAAGGGACGCUUUAAUUAGACACUCAUUUACUCCCAUGUCCAGGAAACUGGUCAAAUACAUAUAACAAAAAAACUAUUUGACACAAUGAAGGAAACAUGGCAAACGCAUCAUCCUGCUUGAGCUCAAACUAUAUUUGCAACAAAGACUUCUUUCAAGCUUCCAGGCGAACACACGCUUUGCAUCACAAAAAGCAUUCACAUACUUUGUCAAGAGGGUAACGGAUGUGCAAUUAAAUGUCACUCAUUUAACUUUCAGAUUCUACAAAACAAAUAAUAACAUAAUAAAUCUUGAUUUGUAGAUGAGCUGUUAGCUUAGUGAGCUACACCUCCCACUCAGCUGCAGCUGGAGCCUUGCUGGCUGGACUAAACCACUGAUGACUGUUCAAAAUCCCCCUCUUGUUAUUACAGUGGUGGGUGUGCAAAUUAACACAAAGGGAAAAAAUUAAAAUCACCGACAAUGGACGUACUCAAUGGACGUGACUGUCAAUGUUAAAAAGAAGCGCUUUUAUCAGAGGCCUCAUA